CUUCACGCUCUUCUCAGACUCUCUCUCCCUCUUUCUGCAGAAAGAGAGAAAGAAAGAAAGAGAAAGAGAGAGAUGCCUCUGCUUUUGAGGCUUUUCUCAUUCUUCUCCAUCUCCAUCUCUGCUUCUUCUUUCAUAUCAUGAACAAAACCCAUCCCCUCUUCUUCUCAGAAGAAGAUGACCCAACAUCACCACCAACCCUCUCCUCUCUUCCUCCUCGAUGCUCUCUACUGCCAAGAAGAGCAUUGGGAGGAGGAGGAUGAAGAAGAAGAUGAACAGAACAGCAAUAGCAGCAGCUAUAGCGAAGAAACCCAACCAUCUCCUCUCUUAUUCCUGCUACAGCAAGACCUCUUUUGGGAUGAUGAUGAUCUCCUUUCUCUCCUCUCCAAAGAACAAGAAACCCAUCUUCAUCUCUCUCCUUCCUAUCUCGAUUCAGACCCUUGUCUCGCUUCUGCUCGCAGAGAGGCUGUUGAUUGGAUGCUCAGAGUCAAUGCUCACUACGGUUUCACACCUCUAGCUGCUGUUCUGUCCGUUGAUUAUCUUGAUAGGUUUCUGUCCAGCCUCCAUUUCCAAAAGGACAAGCCAUGGAUGACACAGCUCGCUGCUGUUGCUUGUCUUUCUCUAGCUGCAAAAGUGGAAGAAACCCAAGUCCCCCUUCUCUUGGAUUUGCAGGUGGAAGAUUCUAAGUAUGUAUUUGAAGCGAAGACGAUUCAGAGAAUGGAAUUGCUGGUCCUCUCGACCUUGAAAUGGAAGAUGAAUCCUGUUACUCCGCUUUCAUUCAUCGAUCAUAUCAUUCGACGGCUUGGAUUGAAGACCCACCUGCAUUGGGAGUUUCUUAGGAGGUGUGAGCGGUUGAUUCUCUCUGUCAUUGCUGACUCGAGAUUGGUAUCUUAUCUCCCAUCUGUUUUCGCUGCUGCUACAAUGCUGCAUGUGAUACAUCAGCUAGAGCCCUGCAAUCCUCUGGAAUACGAGAACCAGCUGAUGGGUGUCCUCAAAAUCAAUAAGGAGAAGGUAAGAGGCUGUUUUCAGAAGAUAGCCGAAUUGAAUUCAAGCCCAUCUGCCGGCUGUAAACGCAAGUAUCCAUCGACACCUACCAGCCCAAACGGCGUGAUGGAUUCAUCAAUCUUCAGCUGCGACAGCUCAAACGAUUCGUGGGUAUUGUCAGUUCCAUCUUCCCCAAAGCCAGCCUUCAAGAGGAGCAGACCUGAAGAUCAGCAGCCAAUGCAAUUGCCGUCUCUUCACCGACCGUUUGUCGAUGUCCUCAGCAGCAGCCCCUGAAACAAUAUCUUAAUCUCUUCCUCUUCUGCAUUAUAUAUAUUUCCUUUAUAUUAUAUAUAUAUAUCCGUCGAGCUGCAAGCAAAUUGCUUUCCAUCUCUGCAUUUCUUGCAGUUUCUCGAUGAUGGUGUUUGGGAAGAAGAACAGAGAUGGCUGGCAGUUUUCUAAGUAUAUGAAGAAACGAACUAUUCUCAUCUUUCUCUCUCUACCUUGCUUGCUUUGUAUUUGAACAUAUACACCAUUACGUAUUUGUAUACGUGGAAUUCUCUCUCUUAAAUGGGAUGGAUGGUUAUGUA